AUGCCAACGGCUCUCAUGCUUCGCGCCUGCACGAGGCUCGAGUCCUCUGUAGCGACACAGGCAUGGAAACGAAGAGCUGGUUUUCCUGCAUUGCGGCAAAAUGUUCCCAGAUUCGCCUCAAUAUAUACUCGCACAUAUCACGAUGAAGCACAAUCACCAUUCCCAGAUGGUGGCUCUCAAAUAUUAUCACAAAUACUCCCUCGUCCCGCAGCUCCGAACCCCCCCAAGACCCUCACAGACGAGUCGAAGCAGGCAUCUGGCCCACAGCGGAAACAUGAACGAGAUCAACGCAGUUACGAGAGACAUAAUAAUCAACGAAAAACGGAUCCUAGAUGGAAAAGCACCUCGAAGGGCAUGCCAGGCGAGCGGUUUCAUCAACGCAGGCCUACUCAACUUUCCGAAGAAGCCCGAAAGGCUGCCGAGAAGCAUCAGCAGUUAGUCAAGGAAAAAGAGAAGAGGUACAAGGAGAGAUAUAACCAAUGGGGCUACCUGCGCCACCAAUACACGGGCGACGAGCUGGUUGCCGUAAAAAAACAGUUCGACUACUGGAAGAGCAAGAUCGAAAAAAUGGCCCUUCGAGAACCCAUCUCAUGGAAAUGGAAAGAAGACGGGAAGUUCCUUUUCGAAUUGGAGAGCGUCUCGGAAAUGGAGAAAGCCUGGCAUGAACUAGACGUCGAAACUCGGAAGAAGACAUGGCCAAGGGUAAUGCUAUCGACCCUCCAUUUACGUCCGGAUAAGGCUGUACAAGUUCUUGAGGCUACUUUGGAUCCUUUACCUCCUGGCUACGCAAUCGUCGAUGUGGCGCAUACUUGUAUCUUAAACCUCAAACUCAAAGAUAUCAAGGUUAUGCGCGAUCGUGUUGCGAAAGCCGACGAAGUGCUUGAGCUCUUUGCAAAGCUGAUAGAGGACAUUCCCCAAGGCUAUGUGCCAUUUCGUCAACAUACCUUGGGCUAUCUGGCGAAGAAUCUCCCAAUUGAGCAAACGGCAGAGAUCUACCAAAUACUAAAACGAUCGGGCAUCAAGCUGCAUCGGAAUACCCUCUUGCAUUUUGCCAGCAAGUUUGCGAGUAGCAAUGCGCACAAAGAGGACGCUUUCCGGAUUCUACGUGGCAUCACAGACGAGGGCCACGAUCUAAACUCGGCGGGCAUCGCGAGCGUUAUUACCACAUUAUUACACACCAGACAAGAAGUGGAAAAUACUUGGUCUGAAUCAGAGGAUACCUUCUCGCCACAGCGGGCUAUGGAGUAUUUCCUUGAACGGGGUUUUUCUCCCAAUUUGGUCAGUUUUACAGCACUUAUUGAAUCUCUAUGUAAUCAGGGGGAUAUUGCAGAGGCUGUUCGACUUCCGUUACUACUGGCAGAGAAUGGCGCCGAGCUUGACAAUCGCUGUUAUGCUACUGUUUUCAGGGGCGCCAAAAAGAGCCUCAAGACGUCCAACGUACAGCUUGCCCUCGAUGUUGCUCGAGCAGCGAAAGCUCCCUACGUUGAUGUGCUCAACAACAUGCUUCACGCCGUUUUCUACUUUGCAGAGAUGGAGUGCCGUGAUAAGAAGUAUACAUGGCCAUGGGUUCUCCCCCUGUUUGGACCUAUGCUUCGCAUAUAUGCCAAGAAAUUCGAUUUGGAACCUCUGCAGUGGCUGCUUCCCGAUACCUUGCCCCUGAUCCUGACUCAAGAAAACCUAGAAGGUACUGAGAAGUUCAGACAGGGCCCGAGGAGAGAGUGGGAGUUUAGCAAUACCAUUGUUCCGGUGGUGAAUGAGUUUUUCGAGCGUGAUGAUGCUCCGCGACAAAAGCCCACUACGCAGACCCUAUCGAUUAUGCUACGAGCCUACAUCAAGACUCUCUCCAGACCUUAUGACUUGAUGGCUUUCUACUCCUUCUUCAAAUCACGUCUAGAGGAUCAUGGAACCGAGAAAAACUGGGCUCAGAAGCUGGCUGAAGAUCAGGGAAGUGUGGUCCACGAUACCUUGAUUAUGGUCAUGUUAGAGCGGAAGUCAUUGCUGCGUCCAGCAUUACAAGUCUUUGGCGAUAUGCUCCGGGACACAUUACGCUCCAAGGAGAAAGAGGAGGGCAAGGUUGCAGAACAUACUGAGAGUGCUCCAGUUCACCCAGCGCCUAGUAUGUUCACUUUCAGCAUCCUCAUCCACGGCCUUUUUAUGCACAAGGAGAAGAUGUUGGCGGAGCAGGUCCUUCAAGCUAUGCGAGAGCAUGGUCUGAAUCUUGAUAUUAUCACCUGGAACACGCUUGCCAGAGGCUACGCCUGCAUGCAAAACAUGUCACAGACGGUUGGCACGCUGCAGGAUCUAGAGGCCGCUGGUUUCAAGCCAGACGUUUACACAUUCAAGGCAUUUGCCAAGCUGAGAGAUCAGACUCGGGCGCUUGAGAUGAUGGAAAAGAUUAUUGACGAGAACAAGAAAAGGCUGGAACAGCACCAAUCCCAAUAA